CGACCAGUUCCUUUAAUUGCUGCGGCCUUCAUCGCCAUUACUACCGGCUUUUGUUUAUAUCUCAUAAAUUCUGUCACCGCUACUCAAACAUUGUACAGUCCUUCGGUCAGUUGUGAAUCUGAAAGUUCUUUCAAGAAAAUGGCUGCUCGCGAAAGAACAUUCAUCAUGAUUAAGCCCGACGGUGUUCAACGUGGGCUUAUUGGUAAAAUCAUCUCUCGAUUCGAAGAGAAAGGGUUCAAGUUGGUAGCAAUGAAAUUUAUGCAGGCGUCUAACGAGCUUUUGGAAAAGCAUUAUGCAGAUCUUGCUGGCCGUCCUUUUUUCCCUGGUUUAGUAAGGUAUAUGCAAUUGGGUCCUGUUGUUCCUAUGGUUUGGGAAGGAUUGAAUAUUGUAAAGACAGGCAGAGACAUCAUAGGUGCAACUAAUCCGAUGGAGUCUGCUCCCGGGACUUUAAGAGGGGAUCUGUGUAUUCAAGUUGGAAGAAACAUUAUUCAUGGUAGUGAUUCAGUGCCCAGUGCAGAGAAAGAAAUAGGACUCUGGUUUACUGAUGAAGAGUUGGCUAACUAUUCCAUGGCUAUGGACAGUUGGAUCUAUGAAGAAAAUUAAUCGGCAUUCCUUUCAUGCAAUGAAAUAUAUUAUUUAAUAAGAGAGAUCAUCAAAACUAUCUUGCCUGUGUUUCAUGUUUAUAUUACCUUCUCAUAUCUUUCCAAAAUGUAUUCCAAAAUCAAAGGAAUUCCAGAUACUUUCCCUGUGAUUUGCGAGAUAGCAUAUAGACUUUUGUUUCUUUGUUUUCUAAUCUGUUAUGCUCUGUUGUAGAUCUUGUAUGUUUUAGUUUUAUGAGACCUUUACUUUAAUUUCAGAUCUAGCAAAAGUUUGUUAUGAAAAUGAUUUUGAAUCAAAUAAAAUAGUUUUAUACA